UAAAAAAACAACCGCUUCUUUUGAGUUUUAAUUUUUGCCAAAGCUUUGAUACUUAACGACCGCGUUUAAGGCGGAAACACUGAGUAAUUUAAAACAUUUAAAUCCAUAAUGGGUAGCGACUACUACGAGACGCUGGAAAUAAACAGAAACGCAACAUACGCAGAUAUUAAACAGUCAUAUCGACGUCUUGCACUGAAGUUUCAUCCGAGCUGCAACAAGGAAAGCGGCAGCAGCGAGAGGUUCUGUCAGCUGGGGGAAGCCUACGAGGUCCUGAGUGACCCUCGGAAAAAGGCAACCUAUGACAAGUUUGGUGACGAGGGUCUGAAAGGCGGUAUCCCACCUGAGUUUGGCAGCAGUGGGGCUUGGUCGUCGAAAUACGUCUACCAUGGGAACCCAGAAAAAACCUUUAAACAGUUUUUUGGAGGCGACAACCCAUUUGCAGACUUCUAUACAAACGAUGCACCACUUCAGUUCGGUGGCCUGCAACCAGGAGUGGUGAAGACUCAAGACUCUCAUAUAGAGAGAGACCUUCACUUGUCCCUGGAUGAUCUCUUCCACGGAUGCACAAAAAAGAUAAAGAUAUCUCGCAGGGUUAUGAAUGAAGAUGGAUACACAUCCAGUAUCAAAGAUAAGAUCCUGACUAUAGAUGUGAAGCCGGGAUGGAAAGAAGGCACAAGAAUAAUUUUCCCCAAAGAGGGAGACCAGGGACCAAACAGCAUUCCUGCAGAUAUUGUGUUCAUAGUGCGACAGAAGAGUCAUCCUCUGUUCGUAAGGCAACACAAUGACCUGAUCUACAAGGCCCAGAUCUCCCUGGAGAUGGCCUUGACUGGGUUCUCUGUGGAUGUGGAGACACUAGACGGCAGGCUACUCAGUAUUCCCAUCAAUGACAUUGUGCACCCGGCCUACAAAAAAGUGGUGACUGGAGAGGGAAUGCCGCUGUCCCAGGAUCCUUCCCAGAGAGGAAACCUCAUCAUUACUUUUGACAUCCAGUUUCCUGAGAAGCUCUCCGCUGAGAGGAAGCAGCUGAUCAAACAAGCUCUAUCUUUUAAAUAUUGAUCACACUUCAUACACGUGUUGCUAUCGCAUGACUGAUGAUGAAUGGGCUUACAUUUCUGUAAUGAGAGAGGGAGAAGUAUUGCCACAAUUUGUUUGACUUUGCUUUGAGUUGAAAUGUACACUAGGGGGCAACA